UCAAUCCUCCCCACGUUGAAGGAAAGGAAAUCAAGGCAUCCAGAAACUUCGUUUUCUUUACCCCUUUUAUCGAAAGGAAAACUUUACAAGUUUUUAUCUGAUUUUCCACUUCUAUCUAUUUCUGGCUCCGUACCCACAGUCCAGCUUGUCUCCAAACCCUAGCCCCCCCACGCUCGCUGCCUCGCUCUGUCUCUCUGAUCUCCAUAGAUCUCAUAACCCUAGCUUUCAUGGGUUCCAGAAAGGGCAGUGACAACGAUGGCGCUAGCCCAGGGAAAAUCUUUAUUGGAGGCUUAGCUAAGGACACAACUCUAGAUACAUUUACUAAGUACUUUGAAAAGUAUGGGGAGAUAACAGAUUUUGUGAUAAUGAAAGAUCGGCAUACGGGUCGGCCCCGUGGUUUCGGGUUUAUUACCUUCGCGGAUCCUUCUGUCGUGGACACUGUUAUGCAAGAAGAUCAUGUUAUUAAUGGCAAACAAGUUGAGAUUAAAAGAACCAUUCCAAAAGGUUCUUCACAGUCAAAUGACUUCAAGACAAAGAAAAUAUUUGUUGGUGGGAUUCCAACAUCAGUUACUGAAGAUGAGUUUAAGAAUUUCUUCUCGAAGUAUGGAAAAGUGGUGGAACAUGAGAUAAUACGUGACCAUGCAACCAAACGCUCUCGGGGUUUUGGGUUUAUCGUGUUUGACAGUGAAAAAGUUGUUGACAAUAUGCUGGCCAAUGGAAACAUGAUAGAUAUGGAGGGUACUCAGGUUGAAAUCAAGAAAGCUGAACCAAAGAAAGCCUCAAACCCAGCACCUGGACCUGCAUAUGGUAGUGAAUCUAGGCCACGUUCGUACAAUGAUGGUUAUGGUGGAUUUGGUGAUUAUGGUGGUUUUGGUGGUGGUGGUGGUGGUUUUGGUCCUGCUCCUUAUAGGUCUUUUGGAGGUUUUGGCAGUAGAUUUGGUGAUUAUGGUGGAUAUGGUGGUGGUGGUGCUGAUUUUGGUGGUAGUUAUGCGGGGUUUGGUGGUGGUGCUGGUGCUUUUUCUGGUUAUCGCGGAGAGUCAUCAUUUGGUUAUUCUAGCCGAUUCGGUUCCUAUGCUGGUGGGCUUAGUGGGAGUGGUUUAGGUGCAUAUGGACGUGGAGGUGGAGGCUAUGGAAGUUAUGGUGGUUCAGGCUCAAGUGGUAGUUAUGAUUCAGGACCGGGUGCUGGUUUUGGUGGACCAGGUGGAAUGUAUGGUAGUAGAACGGGGUAUGGAGGCAGUAGUCGCUAUCAUCCUUAUGCACGGUAGAACGAGAUUAAGAUCUUCCAUAGAAGUUGCCCCAGGUUUUCAAUAUUUCAGCAUAUCUCAUCACAGGUUCGCUAGGCACUGUGCACUUUUGCAAGUGGGCACUAUCUAGAAGAUCAGAGGAACUAUUAGAUUUGCCCGUCAUCUCUCUAUUGCUUAGAGAACCCAAGUUAGAUCAGCAUCAAUCUAGAGCUUCUCAUCAAAAGAGCAAAGAGUUUUAGUUGAGCUGCUAUCUUGUGCUUUAAGUUUAUUAUUGUCAGUUUAUUGUAGUUAAAGACUUCUAUUUUGUUUCGAACUUAGUUAGAACCAGUUAUGAGGUUUGGAUGUAACAUUUAGGUAAUUAGUAAUUACACACUAGAUUGUUGUUGACACAGAGAGCUUGUUGCUUUUUAACUCUCUAGUUUUUCUUGAUAUGCAAAUCUGAAGGCCUAGGUAACUUUCACAGGUAGCAGAUGCAGUUAUGUGGUUCUGUAGCUACACAGGUAAGAGAACUACGCAUUUAAGUUUCUAGUGUACUGUUGAACUAUACAGCAUAUCAGCAUAAGAGGCUUGAAAUGCUUGUAGAUAUCAAUUAGGGGGAUAGCUCUUAAUAGUGUGGGUAUAUAUCUUGUGGAUGCUUAACCAUCGUGUAUCUGAAAAUUUUAGAGGAAGAUACUUGCAUGGUGUAGGUCAA